UAUGGGCUACAGACUCUGCAAUAAGAACAACGUCUCCCGCUUAUUGUAGAGGACUCUUGUGGCCACCUCGUGCUCUGCUACAGCCAUAAGUGAACCCCAAGCACCGUCAUGAGCUGUGUGCCGUGGAAAGGGGACAAAGCUAAAUCUGAAACUGAGGUCCAAGAACCUCUUCCGCCACAUAUUUAUCAUGAGAAGCAACGUCGGGAAUUGUGUGCCCUCCAUGCCUUGAAUAACGUCUUCCAGGAUGCUGGAGCUUUUACACGGGACACUCUACAGGAGAUAUUCCAGAGGUUGUCCCCCAACACUCUGGUCACCCCACACAAGAAGAAUAUGCUGGGUAAUGGAAAUUAUGAUGUCAACGUGAUCAUGGCAGCCCUUCAGACCAAGGGAUACGAGGCUGUGUGGUGGGACAAGAGGAGGGACGUAGGCUUGAUUUCCCUUUCUAACGUGACUGGCUUCAUCAUGAACCUCCCAUCUAGUUUGUCAUGGGGCCCCCUGAAGCUUCCACUAAAGCGGCAGCACUGGAUAUGUGUGCGUGAGGUGGGAGGCACCUACUACAAUCUGGAUUCAAAACUAAAAAGGCCAGAACGGAUUGGGAGCGAAGAUGACUUGAGGAAAUUCUUGCAACAUCAGCUGAGGGGCAAAAACUGUGAGCUGCUCUUAGUGGUGCCAGAGGAAGUUGAACUUCAUCAGCGCUGGAGGGCUGACUUGUGAUUAUCUCAGUUUUUUGAUCUCGUUCACUACAGUUUUUAUUUUUUGUUGACAAUCUGUGUUGUGAGAAUGAUCACAUCUCCACAAAUAACAUUGCACGUUUCCCUUUUUUAAGUGCAAUAUGGAGGAAUAUGCUUAAAAUGGGGUGCUUUACGAGGUUCUUCAUCUCAAUGAGGUCUCAUGAAGCUCGGCUAAAAAAAAAAAGCCUCUGUGCUAAAGCAUUGAACAUGUUAUGAGUAGUGAGUUGAUAUUGUGCUGUAGAAGACCGGCGUCUGCUAUGUGACCGUUACAGACUGUGAUGGCAAUGGCUCAGUUGCUGAACUAUGCUGAUAAGCUCUUUGCAUUUGUGUAACAAGAAGAUAUUUUUUCUAUAACAUGGAGUGUCAUGAAGACAAGAAACCAUUAUACAAAAAAAUGACCUGGUGGACAAGCUGCCUCAAACCAAACUGAGCCAUCUUUUAUAUGUAAAUUACAUCCUUAAAGCCUCAACUCUUAAUUAGCCGUCCCAGUAGCAGAGACUGCAUAGUCGUCCUCCUCACAAAAUGUAUAGAAAAUGAGCACUUAUUUCCUCCCACUAAUCAUUUAAGCAUCGAUGUGCAGUGCCGGAGGAUUACAAAGUAUUCCUUCCCUAUAUAUCACUAUAGUAUUUAUACUGGAUAAUAUGUGUUAAACUUUAUCACACUAGGUGGACACUUACAUUGCAUUAUUACUGGCAUAGAAAUUAAGUUGUGGUGCGUUUAUAUUCAAAGAAAAAAAAAAAGUAUAAAUCCAUGUCAAAUGUUCUAUCCGAACUAUGUGUAAAUGUUGUACCCAGGGAUUUUUUAUUGCCUUUGUAGAAUUCUGAAUUAUUAUUCUUGCCCCUACACAAAGAUCGUGUAAUGCAUAUCACGUGGCUUGUUGGAUGCUGUAUUGCCAAAUGCAUACUACCUGAACAUCCAACUGUAUUGACUAGGUCAUUUACAUAUGGGGAAGGUGUAAUUAGGAUAGAAAUGGGAUUCUGACUUGGCCAAGCUUACUUAAGAAUAUAUAUAUUUCCCUAAAGUGGGUUCUGUAUAUUCUGCGUGGUGCAGUUAAGAUGAGAAGCAUUGCCUUAUACAAUGUUUUGUAUACUAUAUGGCUCAUCUGCCAUCAGCAAUGGACCUUCUGGCUGCUUAUCAGUUAUUGCAUGACACAUUAUGUUGCCUCAUACUGUCUGUAAGCCUUCAGACAUCUGAUCUUUUUUUUUUUUGUAUGGAGGAGCAUAUCCCUUAAGUUCUUUUGUGGUGCUUUUUUUCCCUUUUCAGUAAUACUGUCUAGGUGGCGCUGGUGAUCGGCUGAAACAAGGAAGUUUAUGUGCUGCUGAGAAGUUGGGACCGGUUACUGCUUUGUAUCAUUAAUAACUGUAUAUUACAGUGUGUUUGACAUUAUGAUGUGUAUUGGAACAAUUGAUAGAUUAGCAAAUACCCUGUAUAUGUCGGAUGGAUGAAUCAUAAAUUGAUUUAGCUUUGGUAUAGUGUAAAAUGGUUUCUACUAAACACAGCUUACAUUUAAGGUCAUUGCAGCAGUAUAUAGUUAGGCAAGUACUUCCCUGUGGGCAUUCGGUGCAGCUUGGUGGGCCCAAAGUAUGUAAGGGUAUCAAAGUUCAGAGGUUUUUCUGGAUUUUGUAAUGCUAAAAUUUACAUUAUAGAAGAGUCAGAAAUCAGGGCAUAGAAACAAACUCAAAUAUGUACAGAAAAAAUGAUUUUUUUAAUGCUAUUUUUUGUGCUAUUUGUUUACAGAGAAAAUGUAUUUUGUUAUCCAAAUGUAAAAAAAUAAAAAUAAAGCAAGAACAUAAAAGGA